AUAAACAAAUUAUCCAAGUAUGGGUCGCCGCAAGUCGAAGAGGAAGCCCCCUCCUAAAAAGAAGUUGACAGGGGAUCUUGACACCCAGUUCACAUGUCCAUUUUGUAACCACGAGAAGUCAUGCGAUGUGAAAAUGGAGCGGAGUAGGAAUACCGGGAUCAUAUCCUGUUCUGUCUGCCUGGAGGAGUUCCAGACCCCGAUAACCUAUCUUUCAGAGGCAGUUGACGUGUAUAGCGACUGGAUAGACGCAUGCGAAUCUGCCAAUCAAUAACAGCUGUAAUGGCUCGAGGGUUUGAAUGUGUGGAGUGUGUAAAUCUAUAUGCUGAAUGAACUGGGACUGUCUUUAGUGUCACAACAGGACAUAAUGGGUCAAAGGUCAGGUAGAAAACCACUGUGUAGAAAAAGAAAAGAAAAGAAAACAAAUGUUGCAACUCUUACCUCCCAUUGUCUGUGCUCAGCUGCUACUUUUAGAUUAUAUCUUAAAGACUAUAUCUUAAAAUAACACAUUUAAUUGAUUUUUUUAACUUGAAAUAAGUUAUUUCAUAUUAUUUUUUGAUGAAGGGGGGAUAUUGUAGUGUAGAUGCAGUAUACGUAAGGUUACAUUAUCCCAUUCAUUUUAAGACAAAACACCAUUUUUGUGAAUAAACAUGAGAAACUGAAAGGAAAAUGGAAUUAAAGCAAUGCAACAUGAUGGAAUAUUUUAUUCCCAAAGGGACAGAUAUUUAAGGAAAUAAAUGCACAGCAUGGGAAGUUACACUGCACAGUGGGGCGAGUGAGGCCUCUGUAGAAAUCAUCCUCAUUUAAAUGAGUUCCUGCCAAUGAUAACUCCAUGUUGUUUUAUGUUGUGGUGGUGGUGCAACAUAGUCAUGCUUUGUUUCAUUGAGUUGAUAUGUGUUUAUUGACUUUUCAUUGCAAAAGGUGUUGCGGAUUAAAUAUGGUUCAAAUUU